AUGGGUCUCUCGGCGGUGGUGGAUAACUUCCGAGCCUUGAAGAAAACGGUGAAGAAGCCGAUCGUGGCCUUUCGCGAGACGGUCCACAAUGCCUACACAAAGGCGUACGUGGGCUCUCCGGAGCGCGUCGAUGAGUUCUACACCUACAUCAAGGUGUACCAGCCGAGCAAGCACAACGAUCUGUGCAUGAUGAGCAUCACGGCGGACAUCAAUCGAUUCUCGAUGCUCCCGGACAAGCACACGUUCUUUCACGUCCUCAAACUGGAGAGACACUUUGACCGCAUGAUCGUCAGUCGCAAGGAGCCGAAUGUCACUGGAGAUAUGGCUGUGAGUUUUCGCGGCAAUCCCUAUCAUCACAUGUUUUCUGUUCGUUCAGAUCCAAAUUCUCUCCGGCCACAACAUGACUUUCAUGGCGAAGUAUCGCCGAUACAAGGCGCGUGCAGCUGCGAAGGAGACGAAACGAAACGAGAAACGUCACAAGGCACUGAAUGUAGGACAACACAUGUGCGAGAACAAAACGGACUAAAGGUCUAAUUUUCCAGGUUAAACGACACACUCAGCUGCCGCACCAGGGCUCCAGCAGCAGCGAUUCGGACGUGUUUACCAAUGCGAGGCCAGCCACCGACCCAUUUGCUCCAAUUGAAAAAAUGGCGAUUCCUCCAUCGAUCCUCCCGAUUGCCACGUCGGUGACUGCCAAGACUGUCGACGUGGCUAUGACUGCGGAAGAUCAGGAGCUGGCCGAGAUAUCGAAGGCGAUUAGUGAGGUGGUUAUUCCACAGAAGGAAGUGACGGUCCGCAUAGAAUUCACCAAGCCGGAGAAUCUGUUGGUUGCUCCAGUGGAUGUGAGCGUGACUUCGACAGUUCCUGAAGUGAAGGAAGACGAGGCAGUGGCCAAUCUUGCCAGAACCAAGAUGAUUCAAAAGAAGCUGUUAAAGAACAGUGCCGACAAGUCGAAAAUUCCGGUAACAAAGAAACAUGACGGAGCAGUGAACAAGUUCAAAGUUGCGAAGCCAGCUGGAGUGAAGAAAGUCGAGAAGACCGCUUCUACUUCGGAAAAUGUGCAAGAGCUCGAGUCUCUCGACCUCACGUCUGCUGCCAGUCUUCUGAAGGAUGUCAUGGAGAAGCUGCAACUGGAAGAGCAUAAAAAGGUAUUCAACUUUUGGAGAAUCAAAUGAACAUUGAGAAUAUUCAGGAGGGAAGACAGCCAAAGAUCGUCGUGGUGUCGAGCGACUCCGACGACAGCCAGGACGAGUUCGACAACUGCGACGACGACGAUUCCGACGAUUCGGAUGAUGGAAGUGACAUAGAAGAGUUGGAGAAGAUCGAGGACAAGGAUGUGGAUGCGCUCGAGUACGAGAUGAUCUAG